UCACCCGGGCAACCGGACCGGAAGUGUGUUGGCGGCGUCUGUGUUUGGCCCCCAUCCUCAGGCCCUGGCUGUGGCCUCUGGCCGCCCCUCCCCUCCCCCACCCCGCCCGCGGGUUAGUCACUGGGGCCGAGCGAGGAGCAGAGCCGGGCAGCUGAUGCACGGAGUGUAACCGCCGGAAUGUGCCUGCCCCAUGGGCACCGUGCGGGGAGCCGAGCUGGGCCUCGGGCCCGGGUUCAGUCUUCAAGGUUUGUCCCCUCCAGCCCGGGCCCGGCGGGCCGGGAGAGGCCGAGCUAAGGCUAACAGCUAUACCUUAAUUUAAACAAUGGCUGGAGAGGAAUAUGCUUCAAUGAUGGAGGAAGGCAGUGUGGAGGAAAUGGAUACAUCUGAUACACAGUGGAACUGGUACUAUUUGGGUGAAUGUGGAAAAUGGCACAUUUUUGAGAGGGACCCCAAUAUUUCAUGUUCUGUGAGCAGCGAAGAUAUUGAAAUGAUUUACAGGAUGAAUCCACAAGGUGGUCUCUCAUUUUCCACUGCAAAAUACAACUACAUGUUAGAUUUCCAAGCAAUGAAACAAACCAAUACAGCAACAGGGAAGCAGCGGCCAGUGAAACGUGCAGCCUUCUCUGUCACUGCUUUCAGUUUUAUAUGCGGAAAUGAAGAAAUCCCCAUCCCUUUACAUUGGGACAAUAUAGACCGAGACAAACCUUAUCAGCUCAGUCCAUUGCACAAAGCUUCAAAUGAAUAUCUGGAAGUUGCAAAACUCUUUGGACAAACGAUGGAUCAGAAUCGAAUCAAGAAAAUUCAAAGAAUUCAGAAUUUAGACUUGUGGGAGUUCUAUUGCAGAAAAAAAGUUCACUUGAAGAAGAUGAGAAAUGGGAUAGAACUGAAUGAGAGAAUGCUGUUUCAUGGCACAGGCAAUGAAUUUGUCGAAGCAAUAUGUUCACAGAACUUUGACUGGAGAAUAAAUGGAUUACAUGCUACAGUAUAUGGAAAAGGGACCUAUUUUGCACGUGACUCUUUGUACUCCAGCCGCUACUGCCGCACCAAUGAAACAAAUGAAUCGUCCUUGCAAUCACUGGGCACAGCGCUGUCCCCAUCUGCACCACAUCGGUGGAGGUCGCAAUUUAAGACUAUGUUCCUUGCUCGAGUUCUUGUGGGCGACUAUGCUACUGGAGACCCCAAAUAUAUUCGGCCUCCUUCAAAAGAUGGGAGUCUGGUGAACCUGUAUGACAGCUGUGUCGACAACAAAUGGAAUCCAAAGAUUUUUGUAAUAUUUGAUUCGAACCAUAUUUAUCCAGAAUACCUAAUUGAAUUCACUUAAUUUCAAAUUACAAAAUUACUGCUUAAAGAAGCAGGAAAGACAAAUAAAAAAAAACUAAUUAGAUACUUCAAUGAAAUGAUGUUAUAGAUAUAACCUUUUCUUGAACUGUCAAGGCUGAUGUCGACAUCCCAGCCUUUCAGAGAGUUGGUGGCAGUGAGUGAUUGCAGAGGUGUUGGACUGAAUGCAUGCACUAUCUGCUCUAUGGUCAAGGUCAUAACUGCCGUAAGUAUCUGAGUAAAUCCACACCCUACCACAUACAUGGGACCCUGAUGACAUUGCGAAAGCCAGUUGAGCAGAUUAUCUGACAUUGACCUUCUACCUUGCUUUGUAAAGCUUGAAGGAAUGGGAGAAAAGGCCCUUUGCAGGACCAAGAGCAGUGGUAUUGCUGCGUUUCCCCCUCCCUGUGAGAUCAUUCCCCACCCUGGACCUACCUCUUUUCUGACUAGCUCAUCUUCUGGGAUCCCUGCUAUUCCAAACUGGGCGAGCUGCAUUGGGACACUUGCAUCUGUUAAUGAUGACCCAACCCCUCACAAUGGACCAGGAUCUUGAUGGACCAGGAAAGAAAAAAAAAGCUUGUAUUUAUAUAUCAUCUUUCAUAACCUCAGGACGUCUCAAAGCACUUUACAGACAAUGAAGUACUUUUGAAGUGUAGUGACUGUUACAAUGUGAGGAAUGUGCAGCCAAUUUGUGCAAAGCAAGCUGGCACAAACCGCAAUGUGAUAGUCACCAGAUAAUCUGUCUUGUUGAUAUUGUUUGAAGGAUAAAUAUUAGUUGGGAUACUGGGAUAAUUUCCCAGCUCUUCCUCGAAAUGGUGCCAUGGGUUUUUUUUUCAUCAACCUGAGAUAGCUAAUAGGGCCUCUGUUUAGUGUCUCAUCCAAAAGGCAGAAACUCUUAACAGUGCAGCAUACUCUCACUUCUGCCCCCCUGACAUUGUAGCACCCCCUCAGCACUGCAUGAGAAUAUCAGCCUUGAAUUUUGUGCUCAAGACUCUGGAGUGAGACUUGAACCCCACAACUUUCUGACACUCAGAGCUCGGUUGCAGCUUGAGUGACCGCCUCACCUGUUUCAUGGUCCCAUGGGAAAAAAAAUUCAACCUUUAACCCUUGAAUCAAAGUAAUAGGGAAUCCUGGUUAAAUCUCUUGAUGUGCUCACCAGAAACCACACCAUAUUCAUAAAUUCGUUAAGCAUAAAUUCAUAUUUGUUGCUAUCAUUACGAAACAAUGCAACUAGAAGUAGAAACAUCAGGCUUGGCUGGUAGGCAUCAAAGAAUAGUUAGGGAGAUUGGGUUCAAUUUAACCGAGGUACUAGUGUAAUUUUAAAUGAAUCCUGCUGCCCUAUUCUAUCCUCAUAUCUUGGUAUCAUAUGCUUUAUAUUUAUGCAAAUUUCCUUCAAAAAAAUUGCAAGAGCUUCUGCCUCACCUGCUCACACUCUGGCUUCACCUGCCUGUGCCUCACCUGCGCGCGUGCGCGCCCCCCCCCCCCGCCACCGGCCUCAUGUUCCCACCCCAACCCCAGUUUCUGACCCUACCAGCCCCAACUCACUUGCCCUCUGUGUCAAAACAUUCCACAGUCCAACAACACUGUGUAAUGACUUUUCCUCACCCCUUCUUCACUUCUAUAUUGAUGACCCUUUGUACUCCACUGCCAAGAGGAAUCACCUUUCCCUAUUCAUCCCAUUAAAACCCUUCGUCAUUGUAAAAGCUUCUACUAAACUCACCUUAGCCAUCUCUGCUCCAGUAUAAAGAAACUAGGACAGUACGAGAGAUUGGACAAUAAGAUUAAAUCAAAAUCACUCUAGUAUCUCCAUUUAAUCCACCUCGAUCUCCCUCAGUAUUCUUGGAUGCUGAUCAUCUACUUUUAAAUUCAUUAAUGUUUUGAUAUAGUUUUCUGUAAAACCUUAUUUCCAGUAGUGCCUACUUAACUGGUUCCUACAAUCCCAUUGAAGACUUAAUACUUAUUUUUUUAAAAAUCUUCACCAAUUUCUCACUCUCAAAUACAGGCUGGCACUUUUCAUCCCAAAGUGAUCCCACAUCUAAGUUACAAUUCUUUGGCUUUUUAAUGUGCUUCUUAAAAGUUUUUUUCAAUAUUUUUGGCGCUGAUCUUCUUUCAUAGUCUCUCUUUACCUCCCUCCUCAUGCUCAGCAUCUAUAUUCUUUACGAGUAUCAAAAAAAGAGGCACAUGAUAAAUGUCAAGGGGGUUGGAUAGAGGUUAUUUCCUAUCUUUCAACAUCAUCUUCUUCAAUAAAGGGUAAACCCAGCAACUACAGGCCAGUCAGUUUGAUUUUGGUGUUGGGAUAGCUUUUAGAAACAAUAAUCUGGGACAGAUGUGUUUUAAGAGAUAGAAACUAUUAGCAUUUAAUUUUUCUAAAUGUGAAAAAAUCAUAGGUGAGCUAAUUGGGUAGCUUCAAAUCUCUGUUGAAAAUUGAACUAAUAUUAGCAUAUAGAAAGGCAAGACUUUCUUGGUUUUUCUUCCUGUGCCUUUCUCUUUGGCCUCAUAUUUUGUGAAUUUAAAGAACUACAACAGGUGUGUAAUGAGUACAGGAUUUUUUCUGUAUACUCAUAUGUACAAGUGUGUAUGCAAACACACACAGUUUAAAAAAAAACUCCCUCAACUUUACUCAAAUAAAGCUUCUAAAAUUAA